AAGACCUCUAGUGAAUCUCAACCGUUUUACCUACUUUCAAUCGCGUGAAGACCCGUAACGAGUGAAUAAUCUCGACGUCACGUGACCCGCCAACCGCGCGCAACUUCAAACAGAAAAAGCUCGCCAGUGAUAGCAGCUCAUCGAUGACUGACAGAAUCGAAGACUAUCAAGUGCUCGAUCUGUUGGGCAAGGGAGGAUUUGCUAAUGUGUAUAGAGCGAGGAGUAAACAUAAUGGACAGGAAGUAGCCAUUAAGAUGAUUGACAAAAAGCUGAUGAGAGCUGCCGGUAUGGUGACAAGAGUUCGAAACGAAGUAGAAAUCCACUGUCAACUGAAACAUCCAUCUGUACUCGAGUUGUAUAACUUUUUUGAGGAUGACAAGUACGUGUACUUGGUGUUGGAGAUUUGUCACAACGGAGAGCUGCAGCGCUUCCUGAGUUCUCACUCUCAAGUUUUUUCAGAAAAGGAAGCUGCAAGCUACUUGGCACAGAUCAUAGAUGGAUUGGAGUAUUUGCAUUCUCACGGCAUUGUACAUCGUGACAUGACACUUUCCAACUUGCUCUUGACGAAGGAUAUGAGUGUGAAAAUUGCUGAUUUUGGGUUGGCAACGAAGCUGAGUAUGCCUGAUGAGAAGCACCUCACCAUGUGUGGCACUCCAAAUUUUAUUUCUCCAGAGAUCGUGGCCAGGCAGCCUCAUGGUCUUGGAACCGACGUGUGGUCUUUGGGUUGCAUGUUGUACACGUUCUUUACUGGCUUUCCACCAUUUGAUACUGAAGGAGUGAAGACAACACUAACUAAAGUUGCUUCUGGCAGCUUCAACAUGCCCAGACAUCUUUCUCACGAGGCUCAGGAUCUGAUCUACGCCAUGCUGCAGAAGGAUCCUAAGCAAAGGAUUUCGUUGAACAGUGAGAGCUAG